AUCACCACCACCACCCUCCAACAUGCAUCUCGAUCACAAAAUCCCCUGGAACACAGCAGCCACACAUGUUACUUACAUAAAAAACAACCCUCAAUUCACCCCCCGUCGCACCGACCUUUUCACUCGCAGCAAACCCUCCGAAUCCACAGACCUCAACCAUUUCCGCCGCACGCUGAUCCGCACAAUCCGGGAAUUCUCAACCACGGAAGAAUCCAAGCCCCUGAAGUGUAUUCCCCUGGACAAUCUUCUCUCCGAUGAUCUUCUCUCUUAUCCGGAACAACACUUCAACCUGGGUUCUCAUACCACAAACUCGGCCCUGAAUAACCCUCUUUCUUCUCAACAUCGAAAUAUCCAAUACUGGAUUGACCGUGCCGGUACACCACCUACCAGCUAUGUCAGCGGGGAUGGCGAUCUAGCCGAUGCAGUGAAAAUGCUCAUUAUCAUUGCUGGUAGUGCUAAGAAGGGUGACGAGAAAUCGAAGGAAAUGUCAAGAGAGGCGAUAUCUGUUCUGUUGACGCUGUCUCGUCAUCCACAGGUUCCUUUGCAUACAUUGGCGAGUAUUCACUGGGGUCAUGCGUUUGGGGUGGAGUUGGUGGCGGAUACUGCGUUGACGGUUUAUAUUCUCAUUAAUUUGAUGGAUCGGGUGGUUUCUAACAAGCGAGAUGACAAUGAGGCCUCGGUCCUGGAAACGAGGACAUUCCAAUAUUGGGCGGGUAAUGCCCUCGCGAACUAUGAUUACCCGGCACAGAAUAUUCCGCACCGGAGGUUUUGGACUGGGCUGGGGGUUACGGAGGAAUGGGUGUAUCAGCAGCGGGGUCGUGAGGGGUUGCCUACCGUGGGUGGAACUGAUCCGUUGAAGGGGGAGACUGAGGAUAUAAGAAGUGGGUUGCAACAGUAUCUCAAGACUUGUUUUGCGAUAUUGUACGUUUAUGAUAUGCUAUUGAGGGAGUGGUAUGGAAGCGAGGCAGCGGACGAGAAGUGGGAGUAUCGGAUCGGCUGUCUGUUUGAGUCUUGGGGGUGCAGGUUGUAAACAUAUUCAAGUUUCAAUAUUGAAUGAGCGGUCCGGACUUUUACUGCUCGUGUUUAAUGCGAUCUCUGUGUCUUUUCCUUCCCUAACGGCCCUAGUUGCUCGCUCUACUGGUACAAUAAUCGGGUUUAUGGACGAUCAUCUUUCUUG